AAGUUAUUAACGGUUAGAAUAUUCAAAACUACACAGACCAGUUCCUCCCUCUAUGAUCUCAUGCUCUCCUGAUUGUUUGCCGGCACGCCACUUUGAUUUACCAAUUCCAUGCCAAGCUUCUUUAGCUACUCCACUUCCUUCCUUCUUUGCCCACUACUGUCACCCUUCAUUAAUUCUUUCUUCUUGUUAACCCAUAGUAAUAUUCUUCAUCAUCGAAGACCAUGGCUAUCAGAAAUCUGUGUGUAAUACUCGUUAUAAUCUCACUUUCUGCGUACAGUUCUCUCUCUCAGGCGCCGCCACCGCCACCGAAUUCCACUUGCAACGACGUGUUCGUCUCCUACACCUACAACAGAGGUCGUUCUAUACCCCCCUUUGAUCCCACAAACCAAGCGUACAGGUUCGAAUCCACUGUCACGGUGCUCAACAACGGACGGGAUGAGCUCAAGUCGUGGAGGGUCUAUGUUGGGUUUCAAUAUAAAGAGCGCUUGACUUCCGCAACUAAUGCUGUGUUGGCUGAUGGGACCCCUCUGCCUGGUUUUGUUGGAAACGGUACAGAAUUUGUUGGGUUUCCUGAGACUGACCUCAAGACUGCUAUUGAUACAGCAGGAGAUUUGACCCAGAUGGAGGUUCGGGUCGAGUUGGUGGGCACCCAAUUUGGAGUUGGAGAUCCUGGUAUUCCUCUGCCAAAUAAUUUGACUCUUGUUAAUGAUGGCUAUACUUGCCCUGCUGCCACAACGCAAGGAAAUGAGAUGCACGUGUGCUGCAUCAGGAAUGUGAGUUCUAGACCAGACAACAAUCUGGAAGAUAAUUUCCUGCCACGCCAAGAUGGUGAUGUUAUCAUCAUGUAUGAUGUAAUCAGAACAUAUGAGGAUUAUUAUUGGGCACAGGUUAACAUUUCAAAUCAUAAUCCUCUUGGGCGUCUUGACAAUUGGAAAUUAAACUGGGAGUGGAUGAGUGAAGAAUUUAUCAAUGCCAUGAAAGGAGCUUAUCCUUCUGUUGUUGAUACAAGAGAUUGUAUUUAUGGCAGGCAAGGUCAGCACUACCCGAAAAUGGAUUUUUCUCAAGCAUUGAGUUGCGAGAAAUUGCCUACAAUUAUUGACCUUCCUCCAACAAGUGAAAAUGAUACAAACCUUGGCUUGUUCCCCCUGUGUUGUCGAAAUGGAACAAUUCUAUCACCUACCAUGGAUCCGAGCAAAUCUUUUUCAGUUUUCCAGAUGCAAGUGUUCAAAAUGCCACCAUAUUUGAACAGGUCAUUGCUCAUUCCACCACAAAACUGGAAGAUCAAUGGGACAUUUAAUUCAGACUUUGAAUGUGGGCCUCCAAUACCAGUGAGUCCAAGCCAUCUCUCUGAUCCAAAUGGUUUGCCUUCAAAAAGAUCAGCAGUUGCCAGUUGGCAAGUGGUUUGCAACAUAACACAUUUCAAGGACCAGAGCCCAAAAUGUUGUGUGUCAUUCUCAGCCUUUUACAAUGAUUCUGUUGUUCCAUGUAGUACCUGUGCUUGUGGCUGCAACACCAACCCAAGCCAAACCUGCAGUGCUAAUGAAACAGCUCUUCUACUACCAUAUUCAACUCUUCUACUCCCAUUUGAGAACCGGACUAGAGAAGCCUUGGAAUGGGCAAGAAUUAAAAGGAUGACUGUGCCAAACCCACUUCCAUGUGGAGAUGGUUGUGGAGUUAGCAUAAACUGGCAUGUACUUUCAGAUUACAGAGGUGGCUGGAAUGCAAGGAUCUCUCUUUUCAACUGGGAUGAUAAUGCCUUUGCAGAUUGGUUUGCUGCCGUGCAAUUAGACAAUGCAGCACCAGGCUUUGAGAAGUUCUACUCUUUCAAUGGAAGUGCCCUGCCUGAAUCCAACAAUACACUAUUUAUGCAAGGUUUCAAAAACUUGAAUUAUCUUCUGGCAGAAAGAGAUGGAGACAACCCAAGAAAGGAUCCUCGGGUUCCUGGCAUGCAGCAAUCAGUAAUAUCAUUCACUAAGAAAAAAACCCCUGGCAUUAACGUGGCUGGUGAGGAUGGGUUUCCAACCAAAGUUAUCUUCAACGGUGAGGAGUGUGCUCUCCCAGCAAUACGUCCAAGCAGUGGUCAUAAGACAAAUGCAGCUCCUUUCGCCUUUGUUAUAGUUUUGGCUUUAUUGUUCAUUCAUUGAUUGCCUAUAAUGCAGGUAUUACCACUUCUAUUUUUCUUCAAAAUUUAUCAAGCAGCUGCUAAUUUCUUGAUUGUUGGAUUGAUUUGUAGGCUCAGUUUAGUCUGCAGCGCCAAAUUACACGUUUGGCAACUUGGAUCGGGUUGUAUUUAGAAUUUAAACCAUUAUUAGUUUAUUACAGAUUGGAGGUUCUAUUGGCUUCUGUGAUAGACCACCAUGGUGCUGUGACCACAAAUUAUGAUGAGAAAAGACAUCGUUACUUGUUCUUAUUGGCAAUCAAGCGUGUAAUUAGCAUUUGAAGAAAGCAACUUUUCUGUUAUUCCA